AUGUGGACCAUCAUGCUGGGUCUGUAUAAGGAUGGCUUUAGCUGCCUCUUGUCCUUGUCCUGGUGGCAGGAGGACGCAGCUGAAAGCAACGUCGAGAUAUUGGAAAAGGCGUGGAUGGCCGAACUUCAUUAUCGAGGACACAACAAAGCGUCCUUGGCCCGAGCAAUGAAAACAGCCUACAAGAAACAGUUGAUGAUAGCUGCCCUUGUCAUUGCUGUCAGCUUUACAUUCUCAUUUAUCGGAACUUUGGUCAACAUGUUCAGUCAUGAUGGUCAGAGAGUAUUUGAAGCCAUGGUGAAUGGGCCUUUCACCAUCAGUGGUCCACUGGUGUUUUUAGCUGGCUCCAUCUACGUGGGCUUGCUGAUGGGUGUCUGGGCAUUGGUUGGAGUUGCUGCCUACAUUUGUGUGUUUAUUGUCAUGAAAUUUUUAGGAGACGGGAUGGAGCACUUCCGAAAGAGGGCUGUGAGUCUUACAGGUCAAAGGAAUUACACAAAUGUCUUUGCCCCUAUUCCCAAAUCCCUUACUGGGGAUUCAAACACAGACUACACAGAUUGUAAAAACUUCUCCAGACUUUUUGUUGGGCUGAUGACUGAAGUGUUAACAUGCAUGAAAUUGAUCAAAAUGAAUGGCUGGGAACCGGCAUUUAUUAAUCGAUUGACAGAAAGUCGGCACAGGGAGAAAAUAGCCCUGGAAAGAGGUUCCUUUCUGAAGAGUGUUGUGGCAUCGCUGGUACCCAUGAUACCUGUCAUAGCCUCUGUGUUCAUGUUUCUGGGUUACAUCCUGACUGGGAAUGACCUGACAGCUUCCAGGGCAUUCACAGUAAUAUCUGUGUUCUAUGCCAUGACGUUCUCCUUGGCAUCUUCCCUGUAUGGAGUACAAAGCAUGAUAGAUGUCUCUGUUGCUAUGACCAGGUAUAAGGAAAUUCUCUUGAUGCCAGAGAAAACUUGCUAUGAAAAAUGUAGUGAUGAUAGUUUGGCCGUUGAAGUCAGCAUGGCAACUCUGACUUGGGAGUCACCAGAUGAAGAAGAAGACUGCGACCACAGACAGAGGGACAGCAUCAUUGCUGGUCUGAAAGCGGAUGAAGUCAAGGCUCUGUCAAAAUCGAACCCUACCCUUAGUUCACAUGCUUACCGUGUAGAAUACCCUGUCCAACCGGAUGUGACUGACAACUCUUUAGCACUGCUGCUGAAGGAAAAAAAUGGCCAUGUUGUGUACCGGAAAGACUCUGAAGGAGCAUUUGUGCCUGUUCUGCAUGAGAUUGACAUUAAAGUGAAGAAGGGAGAGCUGAUUGGUGUGUGUGGCAUGAAAGGCAGUGGUAAAAGCUCUCUGUUAGCAGCCAUACUGGGGAGGAUGCAGAUCUUAGAGGGAGAUAUUAAAGUAACUGGGACAGUUGCCUUUUCUAGUCAAGAUCCCUGGAUCAUGAAUGGAACUGCUAGAGAGAAUAUUCUUUUUGGGAAACCAUUUGAAAAAGAAAGAUAUGACAGAGUCAUUAAAGCUACAAAGCUGGACAAAGAUUUUGAUACUUUCAGUGCUCAGGAUGAAGUAGAGAUAGGUGACAGAGGAUUGACACUGUCUGGUGGUCAGAAACAGAGGAUCUGCUUGGCCCGGGCAAUAUAUAGUAACUGUGACAUCCUGCUAUUGGAUGAUCCACUAUCCACAGUGGAUGUCAACAUGGGGCGCCAUAUUUUUGCCCAGUGUGUCAAAACUAUCCUUCAUGAAAAGACAGUGUUUCUGGUCACUCAUCAUUUAGAGUACCUGCCAAAGUGUGACAAAGUUUUGUACAUGAAUGAAGGCCAUGUGGUGUCCUUUGGGACUCAUGCAGAACUAAUGAGUUCAGGCAGUCCUUAUCAAGAAUUGUUUUCUCUCUACAACAACAAAUAUGAUCGCAUCCUCAAAGAAAGGAUGAUGUACCGGGACAAAAAGAGUGAAAUGCGAACUGUUCCACAACGUGGAUUUUCUCGGGUCUCCAAGCGAAACUUGAACCGCCAGUUAAGCAUGAUGUCAAUGCCAGUUGGUGUUCAGCAACAGUUUAGUGUGGUAUCUUCCAACAGUAUCAGUGCUGAGUAUGAGAAUUUGGAUAUGGAAGAUCUAGUUGUGUCACAGAGAAGGCCUAACUGUCGAAUUAGGCCAGGAACCUACUGGGUGUACAUACAAGCCAUGGGUGGCCUGCAUAUCUUUGUGUUCUUGCUCAUCAGUUUUAUGGCUCCAAUGUCAACUGGUCUUUACAAAUAUGAAUCUGGAAUCAUAUACCAGAUGUAUCAAUUGUGUGAAAAGCAUAUGUUAUUUAUGUCACAGCUCCCAAAUGUGACUUGGAACAGCAAACCAGCCAUUGAUGACAGUCAGAUGUGGGACAGUGUAGCUAACAACCCUGACAGGGACACUUAUGCUCUCAUGUAUGGCAUGCUUCUUCUGGCCAUGCUGGUGAUUCUGGUUGCUCGCUCAUUCAUUUUUGCGAAG